AAAACAAAGAAUCUACAGGAUUCCUGAGGAACAAAGCCCAGGAACUGUUGUUGCCAAUAUAACAGCUAAAGAUCCUGAUGAUGAAGACUCUCCUAGCAGACUUUUCUACAGCAUCCAGUCUUCUGACACAUAUUUCUCCAUAAAUCCAUCAACUGGAGUGCUGCAGGUGUCCGGGAGAAUCGACCGUGAUGUCCUUCCCCUGCAGCUCCAUCCCAAUGUCUCCAUGAUAAUCCGGGUGGAGGACAGCCCUCGUGUGGGGCACUCCAGUGAAAUGGAGAUCACAGUCAUCAUUGGAGAUAUCAAUGACAACCCACCAGAAUGCAAUCCCUCCACCUUCAGGAAAGAAAUAAAUGAAAAUACUACUGCUGGGAUAGUUCUUCUUGAUCUCAGAAACAGCUGUAGAGAUAUUGAUGUUGAUCCACCAAACAAUCUAUUUAGUUUCACUGGAUUAUCUGGUUUUGGAAGCAACAACUUUGCUCUGGAGUCUGCGGAGUCCGGAAGACUUGUGAUGACUGAAAGUAUUGAUUUAGAAAAUCCAUCUAAUCCAGGAGUUGAAGUUUAUUCUUUGACUGUCAGGGUGCAAGAUAUCGCCUCUCCUAACUACUCAAAUACCAUUUACAUUUAUAUCAGGAUAAAGCCAGUGAAUGAAUUUUUUCCAGUCUUCAGUAGUCCAUCAUAUGAAUUUUAUGUUCCAGAAAUUACCAAAGUUGGAUCCAGUAUUGGAAAAGUGACUGCCAGCGAUGCAGACUGGCCGCCCAGUGUCAUCACUUAUUCCAUUAUAGCUGGAGGAGGGACCAAGGAUUACACAAAUGCAUUCUGGAUCAGCCCAAUUAAUGGAGAUGUGAAGAUUUUAGAAAGAUUAGACUAUGAAACAACCCAGAAACACUUUUUCACAGUGCAAGCCUCAGACCAAGAGAAGACUGCAACAGCAUCUGUAACUGUCAAUGUUUUGGAAGUAAAUGAUGAAGAACCCAUUUGUUCACCAAAUUUCUAUUCAUUUCAAAUCCCAGUCAGUUUAGCAGUUGGGACCAAUGUCAAUGGCUUCAGGAUUCAAUGUCAAGAUCGUGAUUCUGAUCCCAGGUCUUUCCGUUACUUCAUUGGAGGCAAUGUGAACAAUCAUUUCACCUUUUCACCAGUGGCUGGCUCCAACACGUCUCAGCUGAUUCUUGCAUCUCCCUUUGACUAUGAGAAUGGGCUUGAUACAAAAUGGAUUUACAGACUGCGUGUCUACAUAACAGAUGACAAUUUACUAUCUGUCAAGAACAAGGCUACACACCUAGUUAAAACUGGAACAGUGACUUUAAGCAUCAGAGUUAUCCCAAACCCAACAACUGUCACUACCACGACGCCUGGCUUUACAGUGGUGACGAAGAAGGAGAACCUCUACUUGGACUCAGCAUGGUAUGUGCCAUUUGUCACCACACUGGGCAGCCUGCUGCUCCUGGGACUGCUGGGCCAUCUCCUGGCCAGGUGGCUCUGUGCCCGCUGCCUGUCUGCACCCCAAGCUGACAGCACACCUCUGAUAAAUGCUCCAGAAAAGAAGAAACCUAAGAAAGAAGUGGCUUUGGAAAUGAUAAAACUCAACACUGUCUUUGACGGAGAAGCCAGAGACCCAG